CAAUAUACUUAUGAGAGUACUAAUGUUAGUAUUGAAUUGUUUUUCUUCUGAAAUUAUUUAUCUCUAAUUCAUUGCGUCUAUUUUCUCUUAUUUUAAUGUGCUUGCAAAAUGGGGGUUUAUAUUUGAUGCAUUGUGAAUUAACUUCACGGGGUACUUGUUGACAACUUAUAAAUAACUAGUAUGGUGUUGCAGCUGGUAUUUGCUAGGGUGGGGUGAGGACUUUAUUCUGGGAAUGGAGGAUGCCAAAGAGCAACGAGUGGAUGAGUCUGAAAAAUCGCCACAGGAGGAGGAAGCUAUAAAGAAAAAAUAUGGUGGCAUUAUUCCCAAAAAACCACCACUAAUUUCCAAGGACCAUGAGCGUGCUUACUUCGAUUCCGCUGAUUGGGCUCUUGGAAAGCAAGGUGUUGACAAGCCAAAAGGACCACUUGAAGCCCUUCGGCCAAAAUUACAGCCCACACAGCAGCAAACACGAUACAGAAAGUCUCCUUGUGCUCCGUCAGAUGGUGAAGAUGGAGGAAGUGCUCCUUCUGAGGAUUCAGCUGCCAAUGAAUGAGAGUGCUUUUGGUCUUUUGAUCCUCUGAGACCUUUCAACUGUUAUUAUGGUACCUAUAUUGGUGAUGGAUGAUAUUCUGUUGUUCCUGAAAACAAACUUGGUGAAGAUGAUCUGAACUUAAGCUAUAAUGAAAAAAGAGAAAUGCAAUACACCAACAUUACUACAGUUGAAACUAAUCCAUAACUUCUGGUGUUCCAAGUUUUGUUGUGGGACAUUAUUGCUUUUGUUAUUAAUGAUGGAAGAGCUAUUUGCAAAA